AUGGCUUCGCGCUUCCGCAAUUUCAUCCCAUAUGCCGUACCUGGAGCGCUGGCACUUCUUGGCUGCUGGUGGCUCUAUUCCCAUCGAAAACAGCACGCAAGCUAUCACAAUGAACAAGCAAUAGGCCCUGAAGAAGAGCAGCAGGAAGAAGUGCCAGAGGAUGAUUGCUCACCCAGACGAGAAGCGCGUCUUCCUCGAAGGCUGCUAUUGGAUACUGGCUCUGUGACAGCCCAUGGCCUGGGAUUGGAAAAGGAAGCCAAGACCGCAGCAGCCUUUCUCAGUAAUGAGGGUGAAGUGGUAUCAGGUCGCAAGGAUUCUGGAGUGAGCGUGUUACCGGAGAAUCUGGACUCUGCCUGUUUGGAGCAGUCCAGGGAAGAAGAGAUUUCAGAGAUUGCCAUUACUUCACCUGUGUGUCAGGGGGAGGACACACAGCCAAAAGGAGAUGAUUUGGAAAGAGAGAGAGUUGGAGGAGGGAGUUUGGACGAGGAAGAAGUUGAGAAAAUGGAGCAAGCAGCAAUACAGGUCACCUCCAAGGUCCUUUUGGCAGCAACUGAGGAAGUCCUGUCUGGUUCUGCAAGUGCUGUGACCACUCAGAUCUGCCAGGCUGCUGCCAGCCAAACUGAGAGACCUCUGGAGAUGGCAAGCAUUGUUUCAUCUGACCAGAUGCUUGCUGAGCAGGCUACAGGAGUGGAUGAGAACCUUGCUGCAAAGAGUGAUGCUGCGGUACUGACAUCCCCGCAGACAGAGGAACAGGAUGAGAAUGGGACAGAUUCCAGCUGUUGCACACACGGCCGUUCAUCCGUCCCUGCUCAGGGAGGCAUAAAAGCCCGUGGGACGAAGAACCGUGUGUGCAGUCGGUCCCAAGGAGUUGAUUGCACUCCUGUGGAAAACCGUCGAGGGUCACUGGAAUGCUCACCCUUGGUUAUGGGGGACUUUGGGUACAGCACAUACACAUCUGAAGGUGGAACAAGUGUGCAGGACUCCCUGCAGUACCCCAUGCUGUCUGUUGCAUUGGGCCAGCAUUCAGACUCACUGAGCCUAUCUGCAACCCAAGAUGCCUCUGCUGAGCAGAGCUCAGCACCAAGUGACAAAGCUCCUGCUCUGAAGCUCUCUGGAGACAGCAAAGGGCCAUACAGUAAUGGCAUCCUGAAAGAGGCUGGUCCAGACUUGCACCUUGGGUGCAGGAGUGCAGCAGGGAUGGAUGGAGAUCACUUGGGAGGUUUGGAUGGAAAUGGCAUGGAUUCUGUGGACAGUGGCUGUGCCAUGAGGAAGACAGUGACUCGCCAGACCUCUAAACCAGGAGGAGACUCCAGCAAGUCUGACUUCAUCAUCUGGGAAAUAGAGGUCCCAAAGGAACGUGUUGGCCGUUUGAUCAGCAAACAAGGAAGAUUCAUGAGCUUCUUCAGGCAAUUUUCUGGUGCCAAAAUGGUCUCAAGGCUCCCUUAUUUCUGUGACUCCCAAGUCUGUCACAUUGAAGGCUCCAUGCAUCAAGUAGAAAGAGUACUGAGCCUGAUUGGCAAGAAGUUCCAAGAGCUGUGUCUCACCAACAUCCACGGUCUACCUCAACCAACACCUUUGACGCUCCAUUCCCUCCUUAUGACUGCCUGGCUGUUCCUCCCAGAUGGAGUCGCUGUAGAGGUGGUCGUGGCAAACCAAGUCGAUGCUGGGCACCUCUUCCUACAGCAGCAUACGCACCCCACUUACCAUGCCCUGCAUAGCCCGGACCAGCAGAUGCGUGCCUGCUGUUCCCAGCCUGAAAUGCCAAGCCUGCCAGCUCCAGUAGAAGUUGGUGUCAUAUGCGCGGCUCCAGGCCUGGAUGGGGCAUGGUUACCGGCUCAGGUUAUCAGCUCAUUCCAAGAGACCGGUGAAGUGGAGCUCAGAUAUGUGGACUACAGAGGAUAUGACCGAGUGAUGAUCGACAUGCUCAGACCAAUCAGGUCUGACUUUUUACCGCUGCCUUUCCAAGGAGCAGAAGCUGUCCUGGACAACCUGGUGCCGCUUCCAG